GAUUAUGUGAGGCUUACAGGUCCCAGCAGUAUCUUGGUGUUUGGCGGGAGCGGCGGCGGCGCAACAAACGGCGGGGGACUUUCAUGGCGCAACAAGGCGCGACGCUGCAGAACUAUAACAAUGAGCUGGUGAAAUGCAUUGAGGACCUGCGUGAGAAGCGCGAGGAAGUGAACCGGUCGAUCCUCAAGGAAGAGGAGGAAAAAGCCAAGAUCCAAAAGGAUCUCACGGUAUUGACCGACCGUUUGAGCCUCAUCAACGAAACGCUUGCGAGGAAGUCCCAAGCAAGGAACGAAUACGACCGCACGAUCCAAGAGACCGAGGCCGCGUACAUGAAGAUCUUAGAAAGUUCCCAGACACUGCUGCAUGUAUUGAAGCGCGAGACUGUUCAGCUAACCAAGAAGAAGCAAACGUCGGCUUGAUCAGCGUACGGAUGUCGUGGCGUCAUGGCGACAUAUUACAUGGACGGAAGCCCUGCGAUGGCGGCAUUCUUGCACCCUUCCACCGCAGUAUCGGCGUUGUUGUAGUGUGCAUAACUAUUGUCGUUUGCUAAGAAUACAUUUUAAUCACAUGGAGGGGUGAGGAGGUGCAAAUACUUUGGGA